GUUGAGCGCCUCGGAGUUCUCACAGAGAAGAAGAGAACCCGGAAGUGGUCGGGGGUUUCUGCAAGGAGAAGCUAGCUGUUAGCAUCCCGGUGUCGCCGCCUCCACUUGUGUCUCCAGCCGCUCGACAUGGUCCAACUGGUGGGUUCCCUCCGCAGGGAGCUGGCGGACUCGCUCGCCACCUGCAAGGUGCUGGUGGUGGGAGCGGGAGGAAUCGGCUGCGAGCUGCUGAAGAACCUCGUCCUCACCGGCUUCAAGAACAUCGAAGUGAUUGACUUGGACACCAUCGAUGUCAGCAACUUGAAUCGUCAGUUCCUCUUCCAGAAGAAGCAUGUUGGCAAGUCUAAAGCUCAGGUGGCGAAGGAGAGCGCCCUGCAGUUCUGUCCCAGUGCGAAUAUAGUUGCCUACCACGACAGCGUCAUGAACGCCGACUACAACGUGGAGUUUUUCAGGAAGUUCGUGCUGGUGAUGAAUGCUCUGGAUAACAGAGCGGCCCGUAACCAUGUGAACAGGAUGUGUUUGGCAGCUGAUAUCCCUUUGAUAGAGAGCGGCACAGCAGGUUACCUGGGACAAGUCACCGUCAUCAAGAAGGGAAUGACCGAGUGCUACGAGUGCCAACCUAAGCCCACCCAGAAGACCUUCCCAGGAUGCACCAUAAGAAACACGCCGUCCGAGCCCAUCCACUGCAUCGUCUGGGCCAAGUAUCUCUUCAAUCAGCUGUUUGGAGAAGAGGACGCAGAUCAAGAGGUGUCACCUGACACAGCUGACCCAGAGGCUGCAUGGAAGCCAGAGGAGACUGCCGCUCGUGCCACAGCUUCUGAAAAGGACGGGGACAUCAAGCGUGUCUCCACCAAGGAAUGGGCCCGCUCCACUGGGUACGACCCCGUCAAGCUCUUUAACAAGCUUUUUAAGGACGACAUCAUGUACCUGCUGACCAUGGACAAGCUGUGGAAGAAGAGGAAAGCUCCGACACCUCUCGACUGGCAGCAGCUCGAGAACAGAGCGUGUCCUCAGGAGGAGACUCCAGGUUCCGGGUUGAAGGACCAGCAGGUUCUGGGUGUUUGGGGUAACUGCCAGCUGUUCAAGCACAGCGUGGAGACUCUGCGCUCACAGCUGAAGGAGAAGGAGGCAGGAGCCGAGCUGGUUUGGGACAAGGACGACCCUCCGGCCAUGGACUUUGUCACUUCAGCAGCAAACCUUCGUAUGCACAUCUUCAGCAUGAACAUGAAGAGUCGCUUCGAUGUCAAAUCCAUGGCGGGAAACAUCAUCCCAGCUAUCGCCACAACCAACGCGAUCAUUGCUGGACUCAUCGUACUGGAGGCGCUGAAGGUCCUGUCGGGGGAAAUGGAAUCCUGUCGCACGAUCUUCCUGAACAAAUGUCCCAACCUCAGAAAGAAACUGCUGGUCCCGUGUAUCCUGGAUCCGCCGUGCGCCAACUGUUACGUCUGCGCCAGCAAACCUGAAGUCACAGUCAAACUCAACGUCCACAAAACCACGGUCCUCUCUCUGCAGGACAGGAUCCUGAAGGAGAGGUUCGGCAUGGUGGCUCCAGACGUUCAGAUAGAAGAUGGAAAAGGGACCAUCCUCAUCUCCUCAGAGGAAGGAGAGACAGAAACCAACAACAGCAAAUUUCUUGCUGACUUUGGGAUCCGUAACGGCAGCCGCCUGCAAGUUGAUGACUUCCUGCAGGACUACACCCUCCUCGUCAACGUCCUGCACACUGAGGAGCUAGAGCGGGAUGUGGAAUUUGAGGUUGUAGGUGAAGCCCCAGACAAAGCCCCGCCCCCUCAGAGCAGCCAGAAGGAGGAUAACAACAUCACCAACGGCAACAAGGACUCCGCCCAGCCGUCCACUUCCUCGAAAGCUCCAGCAGAGGACGACGACGACCUUAUGAUCGUGGACUCCGAUGAGGAAGAAGCGAUGUCGUCCAGCUCGGCAACGACGGCGAGCGGCACCAAGCGGAAGCGCCCGGACGCAGAAACCGGCGAGAUGUCCACCAAGCGCCUGCGGACGGAGCAGAAGAGCGCCGCCGCCGAUAAUGACGACGAUAAUGACGACGAUAAUGACGACGACAAUGACGACGACAUCAUCACUCUGGACUAGCCCCUCCCCCGUUGUCUUCUGAAGGACUGAGAACUCUUUGGACGUUUUGUCGUUUUUGACAGUAGGCUUAAAAUAAAACCACCUGUUUUAUGAAGAACAAUUUACUGCCCUGCUUUAUCUCUCGUCACUCUCUCCUCCCCGGCUCUGUGUUUGUGAUUUCAUAUUCCCUCUGCUGUCCACACGAGGCUGUAAAUAGAUUCUACACUUUAAAAAAAACGUUUUGAAAAUUACAUGCAACUUCUUAUUUUGUAUUCAUUCCUCGUCCCUAUAAACUGCUUCUCUUGAUGGUAAAAACAAGUGCAUUUUUUUGUAUUUUUUUUAUAAACGUACUGUAUUUCUCAUGCUACACAAAUCAGGGUGUGUUUGUGCUUUGUGUGUCAGGUGACGACAGUUAAAACCAAAUCAUGUGAUGUUGAUCUCACUUUGUUGUGAAGGGACAGUAGAAGACCGACAGACCCAGGAGUCUGCAGAUUGUCGUACUUUAGCUCAGUAGGCUGCUGUGGAUGUCCGUGACCUGGUCGGUAAAUCACAGGGGAGCAGACGGGGAGACGGGCCACGUUGUCCCAGUCUGUGGCCACGGAGCAGCAGCACAGUGGAGUCUCUCUUCGAAGUCUCCCACUAAGCACAAGCAGCUUAGAUCCAGGCUCGUAGUAGUUUAAUGUUAACAUGUUACCGUGGCUUUUUAUUUGUGUCAUUCUGUUUGAGAAGAAGAAGUCACAGUUUGUGAUACGAGUUAAAGACUGAACCAGAGAUGGAGUAGACUCAGUCGUUGUUUCAUUCUGCAGCAGUUAAACUGGACUGUGUGUGACGGCAGCGGCGUCCUGCUCCGAGACGACAGACGGAGAGCAACAGACGAGCGCCGGCUGUCGUCUUCUCCAGUCUAACCCCUGUGUCUGUGUCCAUAAUUUCCUAUUUCAUUGUGAUCUGUUCUCGAAAUGGCCUGAAAGAGCCUGAUGGACCAAUUUGGUGAUGACAAUAAAUUCAACAAUGCAGAGA